UAAAACUAGCAUAUAUAAUUAUAUUGAUGGAAAAAACAGGUAAUAUUUGCUUUGAUUGGUGAUCCUCAAAAAAAAUACCAUGCCAAUGGAAGAGAAUAAGAUUUUGAAUGAGUACACACAAGAUGGAACUGUUGAUCUUAAAGGAAAACCUGUUCUCAGAUCAAAAACAGGUGGUUGGAAAGCUUGUUCUUUCCUUGUUGUGUAUGGGAUAUUUGAAAGAGUAGCUUACUAUGGUAUAUCAUCAAAUUUGAUUCUAUACUUGACAAAGGAGCUUCACCAGGGCACUGUUACCUCUUCCAACAAUGUCAACAAUUGGGUUGGCACUGUUUUCAUUACUCCCGUAUUAGGAGCUUAUAUUGCAGACACUCACCUUGGACGCUAUAGGACUUUUGUCAUUUCUGCCCUCAUCUAUUUAUUGGGUAUGUGUCUACUUACACUCUCGGUCAGCCUUCCGAGCCUAAAGCCACCUGAGUGCCAUGAAAUGGAUGUGACAAAUUGCAAAGAAGCUUCCACACUACAGCUAGUUGUGUUAUAUGUUUCACUCUACAUAAUAGCAGUGGGAACAGGUGGAACUAAGCCAAACAUUUCCACCAUUGGUGCUGAUCAGUUUGAUGAUUUUGACCCCAAACAGAAGUCACUUAAGCUCUCAUUCUUCAAUUGGUGGAUGUCCAGCAUUGUUAUAGGGUCACUAUUUGCAUUCACAGUUAUAGUGUAUAUACAAGAUACUGUGAGUUGGAGUCUUGGUUAUGCUCUUCCAACUAUAGGACUUGCAAUAUCAAUCAUCACAUUCUUGGCUGGCACACCUUUCUAUAGACACAAAUCGCUAUCAGGGAGUCCCUUCAUUAGUAUUGCUAAGGUCAUUGUGGCAGCUACAAGGAAAUGGUGUGUAGUUGUUCCUGAAGACCCAAAAGAACUAUAUGAGCUUAGUUUGGAAGAGUAUACCAAGAUAGGGAAAUUCAAGAUUGAUCCCACUCCUACAUUCAGGUUCCUUAAUAAGGCUUGUGUGGACGCUGGUUCAAGUACUAGUAGUGAGUGGAUGAUAUGUCCAAUAACACAAGUAGAGGAGACCAAACAAAUACUCAACUUAAUCCCUAUUUGGGUUGCAACAUUUAUUCCUAGUGCAAUGAUUGCUCAGAUGAAUACUCUUUUUGUAAAGCAGGGAACUACUCUUGACAGAUCUAUAGGAAACUUCAAAAUUCCUCCAUCAAGUUUAAAUGCAAUUACAAUUUUGACAAUGAUUAUCACCUAUAUACUCUAUGAACGUUUCUUUGUCAGGUUUAUGCAGAGGUUGACUAAGAACCCUAGAGGGAUUACUCUCCUUCAAAGAAUGAGUAUAGGAUUCAUUAUCCAUAUAGUGAUAAUGAUAGUUUCAUAUAUGGCUGAAAGACAGAGACUUUGUAAAGCCAAAGAGCAUGGGGUAAUUGAAAAUGGAGAACAGGUUCCAUUGAGCAUAUUUAUUUUGGCUCCUCAGUUUGUACUUAUGGGAAUAGCUGAAGCUCUCUUAGAGGGUGCCAAAAUUGAGUAUUUCUAUGACCAAGCCCCAGAGAGCAUGAAGAGCAUUGGGACUUCGUAUUCCUUAACAACCACUGGGGUUGGUAGUUUCCUAAGUUCUUCUCUUCUCACAACAGUUGCACACAUUACCGAGAAACAUAGUCAAAAAGGGUGGUUUUUGAACAACCUUAAUGCUUGUCAUCUCGAUUAUUACUAUGCAUUUUUGGCACUACUAAAUAUCCUGAACUUCAUCUUCUUCAUGAUUGUCUCAAAGAACUAUGUCUACAGAGCUGAAGUUUCAGAUUCCCUACAAGUGCUUGAAACAGAGCUAAAAGAAAGGACAACAGCUUUAAGUGUCAUAACUGAUAUUAGAAGAUAAUUUCAUUGUUAGUAUAUGAAGGGCAAUAGCGUGUUGUUUUAAAUGCCACAUGCAUAAGAACAAAUUUUUAAAAUGUAAUAUAACUUAACAAUUAUGUCUAUGAUUAUUUUUUAUUUUCAA